CGGGCCUCGUCGUCUUCUUCUCCUCGCGCAAUUCGUCGAAUGCGACCGCGCGUGUCCAUGUCGCAGCCGCGCUGGCAGUGGGAGAACGCCACCGCCGGAGCCGUCGCCGGGUUCGCCACCGUCGCCGCCGCGCACCCCCUCGACGUCGUCCGCACCCGAUUCCAAGCGAACGACGGUAGAGUCGUGUGCCUCCCGGCGUACAGGAACACUGCCCAGGCGCUCUUCACCAUUGCUCGCUCCGAGGGUUUGAGAGGUCUUUAUGCUGGGUUCUUACCUGCCGUACUUGGGUCGAGCCUUUCAUGGGGUCUAUAUUUCUUCUUCUAUGGCCGAGCCAAGGAAAGAUAUUCUGCAAAGAGAGAGGAAAGCCUAUCCCCUGGUCUUCAUCUUGCUUCUGCUGCAGAAGCUGGAGCUCUGGUUUCGCUGUGCACAAAUCCUGUUUGGCUCAUAAAAACAAGAUUGCAACUUCAGAAUCCACUUCAUCAAACCCAACCUUAUUCUGGAUUUUACGAUGCUUUUAGAACCAUACUGAGAGAGGAAGGUUGGCGUGCUUUAUACAAAGGGAUCGUUCCCAGUCUCUUUCUGGUUUCUCAUGGUGCUAUUCAGUUCACUUCCUAUGAGGAACUUCGGAAAGUUAUUAUUGAACUUAAGGCAAAAGGAAGGACGGAGAGGCCUGAAAGUGCUGAUGAGAUGCUGAACUCUGUUGAUUAUGCAAUACUGGGGGCAUCCUCCAAACUUGCAGCCAUUCUUAUGAGUUAUCCAUUUCAGGUGAUUCGAACUCGAUUGCAGCAACGGCCUUACACUGAUGGUACUCCUAGAUAUAUGGAUACCUGGCAUGUUGUGAAAGAAACUGCAAGGUUUGAAGGAUUACGGGGUUUCUACAAAGGAAUCACACCCAACAUACUAAAAAAUGUGCCUGCUUCUUCAAUAACAUUCAUCGUAUAUGAGAAUGUGAUGAAGUUGUUGAGGCUUGGAAGGACGAAAGAAUAAAUCUUUAUUUUCUUGGGAGCAACGAGCAUUUCAUUUGGAAACUGCAAUUUUGGCAAUUUUGCAUCUUCAUUUUGUUUAGAGUAAGGGAUAGAUACCUUUUUAGGUCAUUCAUGGGCAAUUUUGACUGUGUCAUUCUGAUACAACCAUCAAGAAGUAGUGAAUGAAUGAGUGACAUGGACAUUCCGUGUCGCUUUGAUUUCAACCAACUCUGGACAAGUUGAGUGGUACUCAAGAUUGAAGAAAUUAUGUUUUCCAUAUUCAAAAUCACGAAGAUGAAAUAGAGUUGAUGAUUGGGGGGUUGCCGAUUUGAACCGCCUGGAAUUGAAACAAAAUUUCAAGUGAAGAGAGAGCUUCAUCAACUUGACAGUGCUAAGUAUAGCGUGUUGCUUUUUCCUGGCAGUGUCCUUAUGCGACUGGUGCUAUUCCCCGCGUUCUGAGGAUGUUUUGAAUACAAAAUUCAAAUUCUUAGUCCAACGAUCUUUGGCUGACAGACCGUAGCUUCAAGACCAUGGUUAGCACUAGCACCGACAUUGUAUCGACUAUACAAUUUGUCCUUCAACUGCAAUACCAUAUAUGCAUGUA